AAACAGCAAUCCAAACAGAACCUUACCGACUCUCUCUCUCUUACUUCAAUUGGCGCGUCCAUUUCAUAACAAACAAACACUAUACACUUUCAUUACGCUUCUCUAGCAAGCUAUUCCACGGAGACGAUGACAAUGGUUUCGGGUCAAACCGAAGAAAGAUCCGAAAUCGCAUUCUUCGACCUAGAAACCACAGUCCCGACCCGAACCGGACAAGGCUUCGCAAUUCUUGAAUUCGGAGCCAUCCUCGUUUGCUCCAUGAAACUAGUGGAGCUCCGUAGCUACUCCACUUUAGUCCGACCCGCCAACCCCUCUUUAAUAUCACCAACUUCCGUUCGAUGCAACGGUAUCACGUACGACGCCGUCAUUUCUGCUCCGAGUUUUUCUGAAAUUGCUGACACUGUUUAUGAGACUCUUGACGGGAGGAUAUGGGCAGGGCAUAAUAUACAGAGAUUUGAUUGUGUAAGAAUAAGGGAAGCAUUUGCUGAAAUUGGAAGGCCACCACCUGAGAGUAAGGGUAUUAUCGACACUUUGGCUUUGCUGACUCAGAAAUUUGGAAGAAGAGCUGGGGACAUGAAGAUGGCCAGUCUUGCUAAUUAUUUUGGGCUUGGAAAGCAGACACAUAGGAGUUUAGAUGAUGUUAGAAUGAACCUUGAAGUUCUCAAAUAUUGUGCAACUGUUUUGUUCUUGGAGUCGAGUCUCCCUGAUGCUUUUCCAGAAAAAAGCUGGAUUUCACCUAAUGCUACUACAAGAAGUCGUAAAAAUGGGAAAUCACCUUUGGAAGAGCAUUCCACAAGCGCAGAAGCUCCCUUCUCAAGUUCAAAGUUUGAAAGUAUUUCUCUCGGAGGUGUUAGAGCUGAGGGAAGCCAUCCAAUUAUUUCUCUUCUGACAAGUGUUGGAUCUAAUACAACCCCAUCAGAUCCAUUUGACAUGGCAACUCUUAGCAAUGAAAUAAAUACAGAUACUGUCCAGAAAGAUGUUUCCAUGGAAGAAAGGCCCUUGACGGAGGAGUCUUCUGAGCUGCCUUUAUCAAUGACUGUCCCUGAAGCUGGCAGUGGCGAUCCAGGGUUUUUAGAACCUGAGGAAGUUUCUAUAUCUUCUAUUAGGGUAUCUUUCGUUCCACUAUUUCACGGGAUUCAGAGAAUGGUGUUGUUGCAUGAGAAUGUCAGUUUGCAGCUUUGUAGUCCUCGUUUAAGAGUGCGGUUUGGUUUAAGUACAAAGUUUAUCGACAAUGCUGGGAGACCACGGUUGAGUUUCGUGGUUGAUGCACCUCCAAGUUUAUGUCAUGUUCUUGAUGCAUGUGAUGCUAUGGCUCAGAAAUUCUCUGUGGAAUCAGGUAGCAGCUCUGAUUGGAAGCAUGUUGUGGACAGAAGACCUGGCUAUGCUAACUAUCCUAAAAUGAGACUCCACAUACCCACUGCAGUGAAUGAAAAUGUAGCUAAGUAUGCAACCGAGUUAUAUCAGAAAGACGCUUCUGGAGCCACGCAAAGGCUUGUAUUCAGCAAGUUCGAUCCUGCAGAGCUCGAUACCUGGCUCAUUCCAGGGACCUUUCUAGACGCUUACGUCGCCUUAGUUCCGUAUGACUAUCAGCAGAAUGCUGGCAUCCGAUUAGUUGCGCAAAAAUUAGUCAUCCAUCAAGAGUAAAAACAAGUGUAACAAUUAGGCUAACAUACAGUUGAAACACAAUUUCCUUUGUUUGUUAGAAUAGAUUGCUUAAGGCAUGGAGGCUGGCUAGUUGUGACUUGACAUGUUUACACGUAAUUGCAAGAUUUGUUAAUAACAAUUUAAAGUUUAUUUAUGGGAUAUAAUUUAAAUUGACAUUUUCAAACAA